AUGACAACCAGCGAACUGAGUAUUCUAAAACUCUCUCUCUCUCUCUCUCUCUCUCUCUCUCUCUCUCUCUUUCUGUAUUUUAUUUCUUCUCUUUCCCUUUUUCCUUCUUUCACUUACUCUCUUUUCCAUCUUUCUUCCUCCCUCUCAUGUUUACAUUUCUCUUCCAUUCUGUCCGCUUUUUCUUUCUUUCUGUCUGUCUGUCUGUCUGUCUGUCUGUCUGUCUCUCUCUCUCUCUCUUUUCACUCAUUCCAUCUUUCAUCAUUACAGGUAGAGAUGACGGGUAGCAGUAUCUUUGACUAUAUCCACCAACAGGAUCACGCUGAAGUGGCCGAACAGUUAGGUCUCUGUGUACCUCAAAGCAAUUGUACCUCGACAGGCGGCGGGGUACCAUCUCCAGGGUCUAAUUCUGACGAAGGAUCUGCCACAAACCAUUCACGUUCUAUGACUCCACCCUUGGGUGAACGCUCCCAAGUGAUGAAUCCUUCACCAAGUAAAGGGUUGUGCCGAACAUUCUGCAUCCGAAUGAAGUCAACAUUAACAAAAAGAGGAGUCCAUGUCAAAUGUUCUGGAUAUCGCGUUGUACACAUAAUGGCCUCCCUUCGCAGUCAUAUGAGUUUCCCAAUGAGCCGCAAGCACCCGCCAUCUUUACUUGGUUUGGUUGGCAUGGCCAUUGCAUUGCCACCACCCACCAUAACAGAACUCCGCAUAGACAGUGACAUUUUCAUCACCCGACUGAGUCCCGAAUUCCGUGUCCUCUACUGCGAACCAAUAAUUUCGGACAUGAUGGAUCUAACUGCUGAAGACAUGACCAACAAAAUUCUCUAUGAGUUCUGUCAUGCUGGGGACCUUCAGAAAUUACGCAAAUCACACGUAGAUAUUCUAUCAAAAGGCCAAGUUUGUACGGAUUAUUACCGACUGUUGAAUAAACAUGGCGGCUACUACUGGAUUCAGACUUGUGCCACAACCAUCUGCAAUGCUAAGAAUCUUGAUGACCAAAACAUAAUCGCCAUUAACUACGUGAUAAGUGGUCUGGAGUGUGGGAACUGUGUGCUAGACAUGAGUCAGCUGAGAAGUGUGACGGGAGCCAUCGCUGAUUCCGGAGGCCAUAAAGAACAAUGUGAACAAGGAACUGAAAUGGAUUGUCGCAAAUUAAAAGGACAUGGAGACAAGGGAGAUAACUCUGGUGUCAUAGGCUCAACAGAAAACACCCUGAAACAGACUUUAAAUCUCGGCGCCGGGGGAAGAGGUCUGAUGGAAAGUGGUUACCACAAGAGACAGCACAACCAAGACACAGAAGGUAUCUACACGAACAUGCAGCCGAAGAUUUUGAGAAAUGGUAACUCGGGAAGCAUUCAAGAAAUCGGUGUUGUCGGCGGCGGAGACGGCGUUGGUGGUGACGAUGCUUGCGCAAUGUUCAUUGACAAAGGCAGUGAACCAACAAAGAUAGAUUGCAAAAACUCCCGCCGAAAAGCCGAGAAGCCACGCAAAAGACGACGUGAAAAUGACAACGGAGAAGAGACAUUUAUGGAGGACGAUUUUCUGAAUAACAGAAAGGAUUUGGACUGCUCCAAGAUGCCACGCCUGAUGGACGAAAAGAGCGCCACCAACGAGAUGACACACAUUAAAACCAGCAAGGAUUUCGGACACCUGGGCAUGAACGUUCGUGGGCAGUCGGACAAACAAUUAAAUGGUACUAUCUCCUCUCCGAUACCCGAGGACCUCUCCACCAAAUCAAACACUGGAGUUGUCCAUUCUCCGAUCCAGUCAUCGCACUUGAACCAGACCCCUGCGAAUCGAGAUUGCUCCUCAGACUGGCCGGGACCGAUGGACAACAAUAACCAUGAUUAUUCCCGGGUCGGUCAGCACACGUCCGUAAAAGACCUGGAAGACGUAAUGAAUCGACAUUUGCCAACAAUCACAGAGAAUCCGGACUCAAACAUGGCUGGUGAUAUAAACAGUCGAUACACGGCCCGACAUAAGCCGACCAUCCAGUGGAUAGGGUCCCACCAGAAUUCAACGGAUUCCCUACCUGCAACCACUCUGUUGAGGUCCAUAUUCGCUAACCGUGAAUCCGUGAUCCGAAGUAAUUGUAAUAAUCGCCCGCAGUGCUAUAACGAAAUACCUGUAAGUAUGCUAACGCCACCUAGCGGCGACGGCGGAUAUAAAGAUCAUUCAAACGUUUCCUUAACGCCGAUGUCUUCUGGGGUCAAAACCCCGGUUAAUCAAGAACCACAAUACGUACCAACCACGUCAUACUCCACCACACCACUGACAGUGUCCAUGUCUUGCAAUACCAUCUCAGACUCUUACAACAUCACACCACCCUCGUCUGUCUCUCCACAGGAUAAACUGAGCUCUCCUUUUGCCGAUAACAACUUUGUAGACAGCACAACACACUGCGGGAAUUUGACCGGCGAUGUUUCAGGCAUCCAGCGUAUACCAAUCAAACCUCAGGCUGGCUAUACACUGACCGUCACCUCACCAACCCUAGAGUACGACCAUACGAAGUCUUCUGGGUAUUCCAACCCGAAUACGGGCCACUACAUUCCGACCUCUUCGGAGUAUACACAUUUCAACCACGUGGGAAGCGGCUCCGCAGCUCCCUCGGCCUAUGACCACAAUUCACAUCGAUCUGACUCUUGGUACUCUACUUCAUAUGCCACCUAA